UCCCCUUUAAAACUCGACUUUGCAGUGUUGUCACAGUGGUGCUAAAUUCAUUUGCGAAUUGUUGAGAAAGGACUUCAAUAUACGGAUAUAGUUUCUAUUGCUUUAAUUAUCGUGUUGCUCUUUUAUAUUUGGUUUGUAAGGCGCUUUACAUAUUACCUGAUUGUCCUUAGCAAUGCACCGCUUCAUCUCACUGCUGCCCACCCUCCUAACUCUCCUCUCCGGACCAGCCCAAGGAUAUUUUCCAGAAGAGCGUUGGAGCCCCGAAUCCCCCCUUCUCGCCCCGCGUGUACUGAUUGCUCUCAUCUGCCGAAACUCAGAACAUUCUUUGCCUUAUUUCCUUGGAACUAUUGAACGUCUAAACUACCCGAAAGACCGCGUUGCACUAUGGGUCGCGACCGACCACAAUGUGGACAACACUACUGCCAUUCUUCGGGACUGGCUCAUCAAAGUACAAAACCUGUACCACUAUGUGGAGUGGAGGCCACAGGAGGAUCCUGUAGGAUAUGAGGAUGAGGAAAGUCCCAAACAGUGGACGAACCUGCGCUACGCCCAUGUUAUGAAGCUCCGACAGGCAGCGCUGGAGUCCGCCCGUGAGAUGUGGGCGGACUACUUCCUGGCUGUGGACUGUGAUAACCUCCUGACCAACCCCAAUGUCUUGUGGAAGCUCAUCAGUGAAAACAAGACCAUUGUGGCUCCCAUGCUCGAGUCCCGCGCCGCAUAUUCCAACUUCUGGUGUGGGAUGACUUCCCAGGGUUACUACAAGCGCACUCCUGCCUACAUACCCAUACGAAAGCAGGUGCGAAAGGGUUGCUUUGCUGUGCCCAUGGUCCACUCCAUGUUCCUUGUAGACCUGAGGAAGGAGGCUUCCAGGCAACUGGCUUUCCACCCACCGCAUCCAGAUUACAGCUGGGCCUUCGAUGACAUUAUUGUAUUUGCCUUCUCUGCUCGCAUGGCAGAUGUACAAAUGUUUGUAUGCAACAGUGAAACCUAUGGGUACUUCCCAGUGCCAUUGCGGUCCCACAACUCCUUGAAGGACGAAGCUGACAGUUUUCUGCAUUCCUUGUUGGAAGUUAAUGUGCGAAACCCCCCAACGAUGCCUUCCAUAUACAUACCUGCCCCUAGACGACAACCAGACAAACUUGGCUUUGAUGAGGUGUUUAUGAUAAACUUGCAGCGAAGAACUGACCGCAGGGAUCGCAUGCUAAGUACACUGUAUGAGCAGGAGAUCGCCUGCAAGGUUAUCGCAGCUGUGGACGGCACAGCAAUGAACGUCAGUGAGGUUAAUGACCUGGGCAUCCACAUGCUCCCAGGCUACAGUGACCCCUACCAUGGGCGCCCUCUGACCAAGGGAGAGCUGGGAUGCUUCCUCUCCCAUCACAACAUCUGGAAAGAGAUUGUGGAGCGGGGUUUGAAGACCUCCUUGGUGAUUGAAGAUGAUCUGCGCUUUGAGGUGUUCUUUAAGCGUCGCUUGCAGAACCUGAUGAUGGAAGUGGACAGCCAGAAUCUGGACUGGGAUCUCAUUUAUAUUGGACGGAAGAGAAUGCAGGUGGAACACCCAGAGAAAUCUGUACCCAAUAUCCAUAACCUGGUAGAGGCGGACUACUCCUAUUGGACGCUGGGAUAUAUGAUGUCAUUACAAGGCGCUCAGAAGCUCCUGAAAGCAGAGCCUUUAAAGAGAAUGCUGCCAGUGGAUGAGUUCCUCCCAGUCAUGUACAAUAAACAUCCUGUCUCAGACUACAUGGAGCAGUUUGAGACCAGGGACCUGAAGGCUUUUUCGGCAGAACCUCUGCUGGUGUUCCCGACCCAUUACACAGGUGACCCGGGCUAUAUUAGCGACACGGAGACCUCCACCGUGUGGGACAAUGAGAAGGUCCGUACGGACUGGGACAGGGGCCGCUCAGGGAAGACCCAGGAGCAGGCAGAGAUCAGCACAGAAGCCCAGAACUCUGAUGUCCUCCAGUCUACCCUGGACAGCACAGCAAGGGACGAGCUAUGAGAGAAAGAUCAGUCCAGGAGCCUCGCAGAACCAGAAGACUGUUACUGAACCAGCUUCAUUUCCCCCCCUCACUUUGCUGCUUAAUUGCAGGGUUAUUGGUAAUUCAUUUGUCUGAAAGAGGCCGUUCUAAAAGGGAUCAGUUGCAACUUAUUAAUUAGUAUUUUAUUUUUUACACCUACUCCCAUGUUGGUUCUAGACUUGAACCAACAUGGUUCAAGUCCCCCCCCCCACCCCCCCCACCCACCAGGGCAUAGCCUGCUCUUGUGCAGUUAUGUGAGUUUACCGUUACAUUUCAGUGUCUUGAUCGAAUGUUACAUUUCCGUGUCUUUGAUUGGCCAGUGAACUGCAAUCACGUUUCUUGAAUUUCUUCAAUGUCACCAGUGCCUUACUCAUUGUACAUUUUAAAGUCUGAGCAGAAUAGACCUUUAUAAAAUAUGUGUGUUCUUAUAUUGUAUGCUGGUUGGAUCUGGAAAGAGAUACAAUCAGCUUGCUUUUGAUUUCUUGAAGCUUAAAUCUUUCUCUCUUUUUUUGUGUGUGUGCUUGAGUAUUUUGCAUGGAAAUGCUUAAAAAGCUGCUUUCUGUGUUAAGUAUAUUUCACCAGAAAAAAAGGAGUGCACCUUAAAGCAUUUAACUACAAGACAUGUAGAUUAAUAUGAAGCAGUAGUAAUUAAAGCUUAGUUCUGGCCACCUGUCAACCCUUCAGAAUUGAGUUACGGUACUACUCGAUAUAACGCAUUCCUUGAUUCCCCUGCAACCUCUGCCUGUCUGUUUUCAGGCUAACCCCACCAUCAGAAUGGCUGCUAGGGUUAUAGGCGAGACCAACCACCGUAAACGCCUCACACUUUGAGGUUAGGAAGGCAUAUGAUUUGCAAAGGCAAUAAAAUUCCCACACAGAUUCCACCCAGCCACAUCCAAACUCUGUCGGUCAGUUCUCCAUAGACUGGGUUGAGUGUAAAACAGAGCUCUUUGGGUGUGAACUACUUGAUAAAAGCCUAUUCAAAAGAUAAGAUGCUUUGCUUUUCAUCCAGGUUAUUUAUUGUUGGGACGUGCUUGACUAUGGAACCUAGGACGUCCAGCAUUGUAGACUUUAAUGCGGUUUAAGUUGGGUAAUAACACUUUGAGGGUAGCGUUUGUAGUUUACUUCAGAUUAUCAGACACAAUCCUCAUUAACCUGUCCUGGUACCAAAGAAUAAAAUAUUUUAGUUCUGA